AUGACACAGUCACAGAGAAAGACACAAGCAAGGAUAGCCCCAUUCACUCAACAGAGUUGGCUAGUUACGCACAACGCUAAAAAGAUGGGAGGGAGCUUCUCUUCCCCCAAGAGCCAUGAUGAUGGUGCUCCUCCGCCACAGAAGCGUCCGCGCUUGGAAACUUCUGCCAAACCGCUUGAUGACUCUUCACCCUCAGAGUCAGAAAAUCGCUCGCACCUCCGUGUUGAGAUUCACAAGAUUUUUCAUAAAGACUCAAAGAAAGCUCGACCUCUUCAGGAAACUCCUCCAACUGACGCCAUCAUCAAAACAAAGGGUAAAUGUCAGAUCACCGUUUCCGAUGUGAGCGGCGGCUUUACCAAUAUUCUCUAUCGCUUCAGCCAGAGCUGCGACGUACUAUCCUACGAAAACCCCACCGGUCCUCACCGGAUUAUUUUCAUCAAGCCGCCAAAGCCGUUUCUUGUUCCUGAAGAAACCAUUCUAGUAAAUAGGCAAGAUGAGGCAUCUCACGACUACUCGCCCUCUUACAAACUCGAUGUUGAGCUGAGUUCACUCAAUGAUGGCAGUUGGCCGCCACUGAACGGUCAAGAACUUGGACUUUCCGCAACUCAGCCAUCACCAUUGACUGAUGCUGGGAAGCAAACAUGGGUGCUGCACAGCGAAUUUGAUCAGGUCUUCGCUAGACGCAAGAAUCCCGUUAGGCUCACAACCGGGUUUCACCCACAACGACCGGAGUGCCCUACCGAUUAUGUCAUGGAUGUAGAUCUGCGCUGGACCACUGGUUUUCGGCCCAUCGACGAAACCGCCAAAAAUUGCAUUACUGCCCUGGAUCCGGACGUGGAGGAUAUUUACACCAAUGGACACCUCGAGCCCAUUCUCGAUGAACAACUAAACGGCAUCAGCCCUGUUGAUACCGAGGACGACGCCAACGUUCUCAGUGAUACGAGUCCGGUGAACGGAACCAACGGCAUUAACGGUAUCAAAGACGCAGGCAAUGCUCAUGAUCAUGAUAUGAAUGGUGUGGACGGUAUGGACGGCAUCAAAGAUGCUGUGCCCGAGCCUGAGGGUCUAAAUGGCACUCAUGACACGAACGGCGUGAACGGCGUGAACGGGCAUGAGCAUAUUAGUGAGGAAGACAUGUCGCAUGAUCUUUCACAUGACAUGGACGAGGAAUUGGAAGGCGAUCAGACGCCGAACCGCCCACUUCGGAAAAGGGCCAACAAUAAGCAGUACAAUCUCAAGGUGUUGACUGACCAGGCGCAUGGCAAAGAAUCCAAACCUCGGUCGAAACCUGGUCAGAUUACGCAAGUUGAGGGUCGCGUUACGUAUUUGCCACCCGUUAACCCACCAGUACAUUUGGACUCAUGGCGAUGUCUAAACUGUGGUUGUUCGAACGAGUGUUUGGAUGUGCUGCGCGCUCACCUGAAGGACUACCACCCCAACUACGACUAUGCGCUAGAAGACGCAAGUGAAGGGCCGCUAUUCCGCGUUACUCGUAUUUCUGGUCCUGUUGAUUCACCCGCCAAGACGUUGCAGCUUGGCAGGCCGACAAAGUCAUUCAACUUAGAAGACUACAAUCGGGGUGACGAGUCGUGGAUAACUUCGCGUUUUGGUCCGGAUCACAGCGAGCCAGAUGUGUUGUCACCAUCAAAGCUGCCAACUGCAAAACAAGCGCUUGGCAAAUCUGCUAUCAAGCCUUUGCAGUCUUCAUCAACGGCACGACCAGCGGCCCCGCGGCCAAAGAAGAAGACAAUUAUCAUCCCAGACUCAUGUCAGCCUCUGUUCGACCCUAUCAGCAAAGCCCGCCUCAAACCUGGGGAAGAACUGCCGAAACCUGCUGUAGAUAGUUCCUGGUUAAUUCAGAAGCAUCGCGAAGAUAUAGGGGAAUUCUCGGAUGUCUCGGCAGAGGAGAAGGAGUAUAUUUGCAGGUGGGAUGCUUUUAUCCUGGAGCAAAACGUCACUUCUGGAGCAUACUUUAGACGGGCUUGGCUCCAGUUCGUCAAAGAUAACGCAGUAUGGCUAGCUAGUUCGGACCAUCGGAUGAGGGAGUUUGGCAAGCAUAUGUGUGUUUUAAUGGCUCGUGAUGUUCUAAACGACCAAGGCAUCGACAAUGCCGAGACACUGAUCGAGGAGGCAAGAGCUCAGUUGAAGUCCGGUGGUCUCGAUGAGCAGACGAACGAUACCAAGGCGGCUGACAACGCAUUGAAGCAAUCACCUCGCGCUUCACAAAUCACGAAAGGCGCGAAUGGGUGUACGAUAUGUAAACUCCCCGUUCUUGGCCCCUCUCUCCUGCGGGGUGUCCUCACCCUUGCCGGGUCGGAGUUCUCGGGCAGUUGCUCCCAAACCCUCAAAUAUGCGUCCCCUACGAAGCAAUACUGGCUUGCAAAGUGCAGAAUCCUCCGAUCUAAUGACUACGCAACGGAGGCUGAGGAGGAAAACUGCAAAAACAAGCAGUACGGAAUCUCUUAG